CAGCUCUGAGGACAGAAAACAACAGUGAAUAGUAGAAAUAUUCACAGAAACCUGACUCUGCGGUUCCACAGGAACGAACCGGCGGAACCUGUCUCCGGUUUAAAAGACACAUUAUGAGCGUGUGGAGCCCGGAGAGUGUCCGGAGCCGCGGCGGAGCCUCCAGCCGCUGAUGUGUGAUUUCCACCCGGGAGCAGCAUGUGUCAUUACCCGGAUCAUGUCAUUUGAAGGUAAACACCGAACCCCCCAGUGAAGCCCCCCGCAGCCAUGGCUUCGUCUCUGAGCUGCUUCAGCGGACCCGAGGUGCUGGAGGACGCGGAUCACGCCCGGGGCUUGGUGACCGAGCUCAAGCUGCUGUUCGACUGUCGCCUGCUCGGGGACGUCACCAUCGGCGUCGAGUGCGAGGAGGAGUCGCUGGAGCCCGGCGGAGGCUCCACCGGGGGCUCGACCGGGGGCGACCCGGACCGAGUGUUCCUCUGCAGCCGCAACGUCCUCUCCGCCGCCAGCCCCUACUUCAAGAGCAUGUUCACCGGCGGCCUGAACGAGAGCGGCCGGGAGCGAGUGCUCAUCCGCGGCGUGGACCCGGAGAGCAUGUCGGUGAUCGUGGAGUACUGCUACACGGGCCGGGUGACCGUCACCGAGGGCAACGUGCAGCGGCUGUACGCGGCCGCCAACAUGCUCCAGCUGGAGUACAUCCGCCGGGCCUGCUCCAGCUUCAUGACCCGCAGGCUGGACCUCUCCAACUGCGUGGGGAUGCUGAAGUUCGCGGACACCUACGACAACGCGGAGCUGAAGGAGAGCGCCCGGGCUUUCAUCGCCAGGAACUUCAGCCAGCUGUGCAGCGGGGGGGGGGACCUGUGCGAGCUGGACCUGCUGCAGCUCCGGGACCUGCUGUCUCUGGACGCCCUGGACGUGGACUGCGAGAGGAAGGUGUGCUCGGCGGCUCUGCAGUGGGUGGAGGCCAAUGCCCCGCAGCGGAGGGAGGAUGCUCUGCAGGCGCUCAGGUGUGUUCGCUGGAGCCUGUUCACCGAAAAGGACAAGCUCUACCUGGAGGGCCUCAUGGCCAGGCCGGUCAUUGAGAAGUACCUCGCCUGCUUUUUCAACAGGACCACAGAGGACAGCUGUGGCAUGUCUGAGGCACAGCAGGUGGCCAAACACAGAAUAGGGGUCAGCGCCAAAGAGAUGAUCCUGUUCUUCGGCCUGCCCAACGACAACAUCAUGUGCUGUGACCCGUACUCCGAGGACCUGUACUUCAUGGCUCCCCCUUUGGAAGACCUCAGCAGUCAGGAUUACAAACGCUCCACCAUGGAGUCACUAAUCGCCUGUGCCACACCUGAGAACCACCUGUACCUGGCCUCCCACCUCUCUAAACACUUCUGGCUGUACAACCCGGUGCUCAACAGCUGGCAGGAGCUGGCAGAGAGACCCCUGGGGAGGAUCCACUCGGGGAUGGGCUACCUCAACGGUCACGUGUACCUUCUGGGAGGGAGGAACCCGGUGACGGACACCAGACUGAAGGAGGUGGAGUGUUACAGCGUCCAGAGGAACCAGUGGACGUUUGUGGCUCCUCUGCCUCACUCUCUGGGUAAGAUGCAGGUGGUGGCGUUGAACGACCACCUCUACGUGGUGAACAAGAGGAGGAUGCUCUGCUACGACCCCAAGAGGAACCGCUGGCGUCACUGCGGGUCACUGAGACGAGACAAGCUUCACAAGGCCUGCGUGUUCCAGGACCAGAUCAUCUGCGUGUGUGACAUCCCCGUGGUGAAAGCCUACAGCCCCACCAGGGGGGAGUGGAAGAGGUUGGGCGACAUUCCUAUCGACAGUCGAGCUCUGAACUACCAGGUGAUCCAGCACAACAGCAAACUGCUGCUCCUCACUCAGACUUUACUGCAGCACAACAAAAACAGGGUCCUCAUCCACGAGUACGACCCAGGCAGAGACACCUGGAAGAACGUCAUGGCGGUGUACGUGUCCACGCUGGGGCCCGUGUGCGUUUCCACACGCGUGUACCCAGCGUGCCUGGGCUCGGCUCACAGCUUCUCCACAGAGGAGGAUGACGACAGUGGCUCCAGUGCGGACUGGGACUUUGAUGGGUUGACAGACGCAGAUUCGGACUCUGGUAGCUCGAGCUCCUUCUCAGAUGAGAACUGGUAGCGAAAUGCAUCACUGUGUCAAAGGAAGGUCAAAUGUAUUUGUGAUUCAAAGGAUAUUUACAGGGUUCUGUCUCAGAUCCAGUUUAAAGGCAGUAUUGAAACCAGCCAUUGAGAGUAGAAGCACAAGCUGUUUUGAAGAGGACAUUUUUUUUUCUAUCUUUUUUUACAAAUCUUGGUCCUGACUAAUUCACUGGAGGAGGGAGGGGAAAGAAGCAGGAAUGGUUUCAUUCGUUGUUUUCAGUAUUUUUCACACAGUGUGAACAAGAGCGAAUGGCUUUGUUCCUCAGUUUGUACCAUGAUCUGCAGGCUGGAGGGACAGCGUGACGUCUAGUAGUGUCACACACAUAACUGUCUAAAAAUAGUCUCCUCUAUAGAGUAGAGUAGAGGAUCUACCAUCAUUAUUUAGCACAUGCAUAAGGGCAGUUGAAUGGAGGCUGCUCGUAAGAUGUGUGGCAUUACACUUCCAUAGUAGAAAGGUGCUUGUUGCAGUUAUUGAGAUCAGGUCCCAACAUCACAUAUUUAAACAUUUUCUGAAAUUUACAAAAUUAAAAAAAAGAGUAUCUUGCCUUGUGAAAGGCAGUAGAAAAAAGUGGCCCGAUCUGCCCGUUUAUCUUGAGAUGUUCCAAAAUUGGAUGGGGUUCUUCCUUGGGUCACACCUCCAUAAAAGAAAAAAAAUAUUCCCCAGGAUAUAGGUCAAAAUGUCCCCCAAGAAAAGAGAAAAAUAAAUCCUGGAUCCACACAGAUCUGUUUUCUUGUUUUGUCUCAUCCUUCCACCAAGUUUAAUGAAAAUCCGUUUUGUAGUUCUCUGAAAUCCCGCUGACAAACAAACCAAAGGAGAAGGAUGAAAAUGAGGUACUCAUAAUAACUCAUUUAUGAAGCAAAAUUACUUUAAAACAUAAGUUUAACAGACUCCCUUGGAAAAGUAACAACAGGUGAUGCCCAGUAAGUUCGUCCUUGCUCCUGAGUUCAUUUCAGUUUAGCGAGGAAGCCUUGUGGCUUUAUUGUGAAGAAUUCGAUGGCAAACAAGCAACUUAACUGCAUCUUUCAUCACAUACUUUGUGCUGGAAUUUAACAGUUUGAACAAAACUACAAAAGACUUUAAAUAUGUCAAACUGUUUGCACAUUUAGAGUAGUACUCCCCAUGAUAAGUAAAUGGCCAUGUUUGUGUUGAACCAGUGGAGGGCUCCUUUAAUGCUUUAAGACAGCUAGUGCUGUGUUAUAUUUAGACUGGAAUAUGCUAAUAACAUGACAACAAACAUAAUACUUAGCUGGAAUGCAGGAGCAGUCCUGCUUAUGAUCGAUGAAAAAUCGUGACUGUGACUUUUGGAACAUAUGGCAGCUCCAGUGGCUCAUGUUCAUGGCUCUGAACACUAACGGUCAUUUACAGGGCUUAAGAAUUUGCCGUUCUUGUAACGUUGGUGGUGCACGUCCCGAUGUCGCACACGGUGAAAACUGCUGUAUGAAAUGUAAAAGCCAUUGUACUAUGCUCACUCAGGUUUUGGCUUUAAACAAAAGCCUGUGUGCCAUGAUUGACUUGGAUGUUGUGAAAUUGUGAAAGAUGUUAUCAAAUUAUAAAUUUUAUUGAAUUUAUUUUAAA